GUUGGUCCGCGUGCUGCCAGCGAUGGUUUCCACAAUCAUAUAGGAUCUCAUUGCACACAACUGUGUGCGUCUACCGUCACAUGUUUUUCCAAGCUCGCACUUCAAUUCAAAACCCCAUCUUUCCGUCCAAGACCGUCUUGUUUGCUUCAAGUUGACCCUACUACUGACACAUACGCGUUCCUAGUAAUAGGAGCAUGGACCCCGCCGAUCUUCAUUCUCGGCAUUUCCGGCAAGCCGUCGCCGCGCUUUUCGACGGCUACUACCGCCUCCGAGGCGGCAAUCUCGCGUCGUACCCUUCGUUGCAACUCCUCCGACUAGCCGCAGCGGCGGCGGCGGCGGGUAACCUCGACGCUGAGGCGCUAAGGCGCCUCGAUUCGCAAUUUCGUACGGAGUCACUUCUGCCGGCAGGCUUUCCUGGUUUUCCACGCCUUGAAAUUGCCGGUGAUGCCGGUACUAGCGGUAAAGGUAUCUCCGGAAGCUGUCAACAAACGGCGGCAUUUUGGACGGGAGGAGCUGACGUAAACGGACUCCGUUUAGGAUCCGGCGGCACCGCCGCGGCGGCGCCAUCACGAGGGCCGACUUGGCCGGAGGAAGGACGACCCGUAGCGGAAUGGGAGCCGUCCGAUGAAGAUCUUGAUAUCUGCGAGGAUCUGGACCGAGCGUGGGGCGAUGCGGCAGCGCCUGUGACUGGGGAACUCUUUCCUGGAAGUUAUGAAGAUUUGAUUGACGUCAGAUUGGAUUUGAAUCGGGAGAAUCCGACUCUGAGCCAGAAACGGCAGGAGCACCGCCGGCGUGUUGUCUGCAGCAGCAAUGAAGGGCAGGAGGGAUGUCUCCGUGACACAGCUUGUAGCGAACUGCGGAUUGCCAGUAACGAGGAUUGUGGAUCAAGGAAUCACUCACCCAGGAGAAAACGGUGCAGUUCAGCACCCCCACGCCUAGCCGAGUGUCAGCCCGCUCUACUCCACAUACUCGAUACAAAGUUAGACACCUCUCAGCUGCCGAUUUUCCCUGUGCCACAAUCGGAUCAACAGCUACAUGAUCUGCUCCAAGGCCUUAUAAAGAGACUGCACCCUACCACUCCACUGGCUACUGCUGCUCCCCCUGCUCCUGUGCCCACAGCUGACUCAGCAUCGGAUGGUAUUGCUGAAAUGGCAGCUUUCAAUGCUGACGUGGACGCUGCUGCUGCUGCCAUGUCAGCCGAUGAGCUGGAGCAGAUGGACAUGCGAAUAAUCAUGGAAGUGGAUGACUGGUGGGUGAGAGAAAAUGCAGCGGAUGACUGAAGCGAUACAAUGGAAAAAAUGCAAGGGAUUGCUGGGUGAGAGAAAAUGCAAUGGAAAAGGUGACACAUUCCAGAUUCUUACAUGGUACGGUAGUAGUGUCAACUUAAAUAUAUUAUAAACCGUAAUCCCCCGUAUAUAACACCCGUCGAAAUAGUCACUCCGCGGGUGGUUUAUGCGGGGGGGAGCUUAUGAUAGGGUGAAUUUAGGAGAGCACCCGCUUUCGGGGGUUGCAUUUGUCAAACAUGUGUAUUUGUCAUGUUUGUAUAGACUGUAUAGGGUCGCCUCUUAGAGAGUACAACACUUCG